ACGCGCGCAAAGGGAUUGCCGUUCCUCUCCGUCUCUCUCUGCUUCUUCUUCUCUCUGAAGUUGAUCUGUAAUCGAGUUGCUGUUCCGCGGGUCACGUUAAUUAAUCAUCUGUGGAGGUUGACGAUCAGAAAUGGACGGAAUGACGUUUCCAUGGAUGAGUCGGGACGUUUGAUGGAGGUUUCGUUGGGAAUAAUCAAUGCCUUUCUGAGUCUACAGGAAAUAGCCUUUGGAAUGUUGGAGGAGGAGUGUCAUGCGGUGUGAAAGGGGUUCCGGGGCUCAUGCAUCGGAAUGCCACAGGGUUCCACGCCGACACCGCUGCUCCUCUUCCUAUUGGCCACGCUGGGAUACGCUAUGGCUGGCCUCCACCUGUGGCCCUCCGUCCAUGUUGCACUUAGUAACAGCAGUGUGUUCCUCAACUACGACACCGCAGACCAUAACGCUUCCUCCCACAUCCGGAACAUGACCCUAACUCUGGUUGACACGGAAACUAACGCCACCCUGCUCACCAGAACCCUGCCAGCCAACCAAUCAGAGGGGAGAUUAGAAUUCAACUGCUCCUGCUUCCUGUAUGCUGGAACAUUCCGCUUCUGCCUGGAGCAGAUUGACUACGCAACCGCCAAUGCUAACGGUAAUGCUAAUGCUAGCGUAACGGAUAGAGAUUGGAAUGGGGUUGUUACUACUACUGCCACCUGGUGGUGGAGCUCUGAGCUUCAGGUGGAGUGGCCAACCUUUCACAUUGCCGUGGACCGAGCCAGCAACCAGUCAGGAUCCUUCCAGGUGGGGAUCUCGACCAAUGAGCUGUUCAAGUCCUGCUCCUCUGGCCUUGGUUCCGCCCUCUUCCUGGAGGUCAGUUACCUGGAGUUCAACCAGAUUGGUCGAAAUAGCAUCGACAAGGUCCGCGCCCGGACCCGGCACCCAAUCAAAGAGCUGCAUUCUCAGACGGUGGAUCUGUUGUGUGCUUUUCAUUUCACAGAGCGAGACUUCAUCAGGGUGGCGCUGCGCUCCCCUCACACAAACCAGGAUGUCAAGUCUUCUGGCCCUCUCUACCUCUCCAGGAUCUUCUCCUAUAAGCUACUGGUGGACAGCAUAAACUCCUACAGGUCAGGCUGUGAGGGAGCGAUAUCUGUACGCCUGGUGACCCCUCCCUGUGCUCUGAUCAGCGGCAAGGUCCUCUUAUUCCGGGACGGAGGUGUGGGGUCCGAGGGAAAGGGGGGCACAGGGGCGGGGGGAGCAGGUGAAGGGGGUGUAGGGGCAGAGGGCCCGCCCCCCUCCGUUGCACUGGCGUUUAAUUGGCUGACACAGGGGGAGAACGAGACAGAAUUCAACUGUUCGGUGUUUGACCCAGGAAGGAAUAAAUACUGCUUCAGAUUUGUGCUCAACUUCAGCCGCUCCCCGAGUCCAGCACAGACCUGCCUGGUGGUAAACAGGAACGCAGAGUCAUGGGGUGUGUGGCAGGCGUGGAGCGUGUGCAGUGUGAGCUGUGGAGAGGGGGUGAGGGAGAGAGUGCGAGAGUGUCUGCUGCCCUCCGGUGGUGGAAGUAUGCAGUGCACCGGCAUGGUCAAGGAACAGUCUCUCUGCUCACUGGAAGACUGUACAGUCCUUCCUGCUCCCUCUCCAUCCCUCCCGCCUCCUCCAGCCUUCUCCUUACUCGGUGGUAACCUGGUAGUCGUGGCCGGUAUAUCCCUGUGUCUGGCGGUCAUCCUAGCGACCAUCCUGGUCACCCUGUGGCGUAAACUCUGCCGGACACCCCAGUGUAGCUCGGUCCGCCGCGGAUCGAUGCACUCACCUGGGGGACGUAAACUCUCUGACGAGGCCUCCAUCUGUGGGAACAGCCUCCAGAGACCCAGCCUCUCCGACAGCCAGGGGAACCACGGGGGCACAGGGCCAGGGCUAGCCCAGAACGAAAGGCCUAACCUGGGGUGCAAACCUCUGCCUCAACCACCUCCUCUGGUUAUUCCCCUGGUUCAGGACCCAGAUAGACUGUCUCCAUCGGGACAGAAGGUGCUACCGCCAAUCUUUGG